AUGGAGGGAGUGGAUUACCUAGCUGGCGAGAGGAAGAAGGCGGAGUUUGAUGUCCAGGCCAUGAAGGUAUUCCGUAAAGAUGACAGAACUAUGCUUCCAAGAAAGGAAUUGUUCAAACAGACCCUUAGAAAAGCAGCUUAUGCCUGGAAACGGAUUGUUGAGCUUCGUCUUUCGGAAGAAGAGGCAUCUAAAUUAAGGUUUUAUGUGGAUGAACCAGCUUAUACUGAUCUUCAUUGGGGAAUGUUCAUACCGGCGAUCAAAGGCCAGGGCACUGAGGAACAACAGCAGAAAUGGUUGCCAUUGGCCUACAAGAUGCAGAUAAUCGGUUGCUAUGCACAAACUGAACUUGGUCACGGUUCAAAUGUUCAAGGUCUGGAGACCACAGCAACAUUUGAUCCUCAUACGGAUGAAUUCAUAAUUCACAGUCCUACUUUGACUUCAAGCAAAUGGUGGCCUGGUGGACUGGGCAAAAUAUCCACACAUGCAGUCGUUUAUGCUCGUCUCAUUCUAGAUGGUAAAGAUCAUGGUGUUCAUGGCUUUAUUGUCCAACUACGGAGCUUGGAGGACCACAGUUCUCUUCAGGGAAUCACUGUCGGUGAUAUUGGAAUGAAAUUUGGAAAUGGAGCAUACAACACCAUGGACAAUGGAGUGUUGAGAUUUGAUCAUGUCCGCAUACCAAGAAAUCAGAUGUUGAUGAGGCAUAUUUUUAUCUCAGAUGCCAUUUUGCUGGUUUCACAGGUGACAAGGGAAGGGAAAUAUAAGCAAUCAGAUGUGCCGCGGCAGCUUGUUUAUGGAACCAUGGUUUAUGUCCGUCAAAGAAUUGUAGCAGAUGCUUCUUGUUAUUUAUCUAGAGCAGUUUGUAUUGCUACUAGAUACAGUGCUGUACGCAGACAGUUUGGAUCACAGAAUGGAGGACCUGAAACUCAGGUCAUUGAUUACAAAACCCAACAAAGCAGACUUUUUCCUUUGCUGGCUUCUGCUUACGCCUUCAGAUUUGUUGGAGAGUGGCUUGAAUGGCUUUACAUGGAUGUAACAAGAAGACUGAAAGACAACGACUUCUCGACUUUGCCUGAGGCUCAUGCAUGCACUGCAGGGUUGAAGUCCCUGACUACAUCUGUCACCGCUGACGGCAUUGAAGAAUGCCGGAAGUUAUGUGGAGGCCAUGGUUACCUUUGUAGCAGUGGCCUACCAGAAUUAUUUGCAGUAUAUGUGCCGGCUUGUACAUAUGAAGGAGACAACGUUGUCCUGCAACUACAGGUAGUUGCUAGGUUUCUCAUGAAAACCGUCUCCCAGCUUGGGAGUGGCAAACAGCCUGUGGGGACCAUUGCUUAUAUGGGAAGAAUCGAACAUCUAAUGCAAUGCCGGUGUAAUGUACAAAAAGCUGAGGAUUGGUUAAAACCUGAUCAAGUAUUGGAAGCAUUUGAGGCAAGAGCAGCUAGAAUGUCUGUAUCCGUAGCUAGGAACCUAAGCAAGUUUGCCAACCCUGAAGAAGGCUUUGCAGAGCUGUCGGCUGAUUUAGUUGAGGCAGCAGUUGCUCACUGCCAGUUAAUUGUUGUCUCCAAAUUUAUCGAGAAGCUACAGCAAAAUAUUGCGGGCGAAGGUGUGAAGCAGCAGUUAGAAGCACUUUGUGGUAUCUAUUACCUCUCUCUUCUCCACAAGCACCAGGGUGAUUUCCUGUCCACGAGUUAUCUCACGCCUAAGCAGGCUGCACUUGCUAAUGAUCAGCUUAGAUCAUUGUAUACCACGGUUCGUCCGAAUGCUGUCUCUCUUGUUGACGCGUUCAAUUACAGCGACCAUUUUCUGAACUCGAUUCUUGGCCGUUACGAUGGAAAUGUUUACCCGAAACUUUACGAAGCAGCUUGGAAGGACCCUUUGAACGAGACGGUACUUCCUGAUGGUUACCACGAGUAUGUGAAGCCUUUGCUUAAGCAACAGCUUCACACCGCGAGGUUGUAG